AAAAGCACGGAAGGGAACUACGGAAGAGUGAUAUAUCGAAAGGGCAAUCACAGUCAAGAAUAGAACCCGGAGGCCCGCCUGCUAGGGAUACUGGCCAAUAGAGGACAAGCAAGGAAACUUCCGCCAGGACUUCUGAACGUGUUCUAUUGUACAAUCUGUUCAAGGGAGAUCUCGUCGAAUACCGUACGUUCACAGUGCCUGCAGUUGACAAGUCUACGAUUUUAAGCAUUUUAGCAAAGUUAUUUACUGCGACUUGGCAUAGGAGGAGGCGUAAAUGUAUGUUACGUUAGACCUGUAGUUCAAUGUAACGGCUGCUUGCUAGUUACAGUGUUUCUCAUAACACCAAUGUGUAUGGCAGGAGGUUUGCUUACUAUUGAAUAGUUAGCUAGCAAAUAGUUAGCUAACGUUAGCUACCUGUACAACUAUUGACAAACGGUAGCAAAGUUAGCGUUAGUUGUCCUAAGUAAGUACCGGACAGUCUCUACGUUUUUUUUGGUGGUCAAGCUGCGUAAUAACUAUGUUUAGUCGCGACGAGCUCUAAAGAUAAUGCGAGGUUAAACGGCGGCGUUUUGAGAUUUUCCAUCUCCGCUGUACAUUUUCCGCCAUUCAAAGGAUUAACAUUUGCGUUACUUGUGAGGUAGCAAGCUAGCUACCAUCGUUAGAUGCCUUGUUGGCCUCGACAUUAUAAGUAGUUCAUAGAAGGAGCAAACAUUUUAAGUCAUCCAUUAUGAAUGGGUUUAGUACAGAGGAAGACAGUCACGAUGGUCCCCCUGCUCCACCGUUCUAUGGUCAGAGCUGUUGUUUGAUUGAGGAUGGUGAGCGUUGCGGCCGAUCAGCUGGAAACGCCUCCUUCAGCAAGAGGAUCCAGAAAAGCAUUUCCCAGAAGAAGCUGAAGUUGGACAUCGACAAGAGUGUACGUCAUCUGUACAUUUGUGACUUCCACAAGAACUUCAUUCAAAGUGUUCGUAACAAAAGGAAGAGGAAAACCAGCGACGAUGGAGGAGAGUCCCCUGACCAUGAUGUCGAGGUGCCGGAGGUCGACCUGUUUCAACUGCAGGUCAACACACUGCGACGCUACAAGAGGCACUACAAACUUCAGACCCGACCAGGACUCAACAAAGCACAGCUGGCAGAGACCGUGAGCCGUCAUUUCCGGAAUAUACCUGUGAACGAGAAGGAGACGCUCACCUACUUCAUCUACAUGGUGAAGAGCAGUAAGAGUCGACUCGACCAGAAGCCAGACGGCAGCAAACAGCUAGAAUGAGAGGCUCUGGAAAAAGCAGACGACAGAGCUCUACUGAGAGACAGCUGCCUUUGACGCAUUCCCACGGUCUACAAAGUUGGGCAAUGGUCUGCAAGUCAAGAUGAAGGCCUAGAAGUACAAAAAAAAGACAAAAUAGAAAAUUCCACGUCCAUUAGGGUGAAGCAGUCUAGAGUUACUGCCUUAAGAGUAUCAAUAUGAUUUCGUAUCUAGCUUUGACUGUUAUCAGAAUAUGAUUUCCUGUGCCAAACCUUAUAUAUACACAUACAUAUAUAUAUGUAUAUAUAUGUGUGUGUGUGUACUCAACAUGGUGGAGUAGAGGUGGGUUAAGUGAGCUGGCUCUGAGUGCUACAUGCUCUUCAACACUAGAACAGUGUGCUUGUCUGUGCGUGUGCCUGUACGAGAGAGAGAGAGAGAGAGAGAGAGAGAGUGUGUGAGCGAGAGAGCGAGAGAGCAUA